UCUGAGUCAAUAUUUCAUCCAGUAGCGAGGCUUUCUUGUAAUCUUUGAAGGAUGUUACUAAUUUUCUUAUGUUGGUACUUCCUUAGAUCCCAAGUUUGUGAUAACGUUUUGUUUAAAUUCCGUCACGAAAAUAAACAUGAUUUUAUAGCGGAGUUGCUGCGGAUCUUAUUUUGGAUUUUAUGCUUUUGUUUGAGGUACGGUAGAUUGGGAAAAAAAAUCUUAGCUCUGUGAAUUCAUCUGUUACCAGCGCAACGUGCGUAAACAAUCUAACUUCGCGUCACUUUGGAAAAAGAGUAAAAUGGUAUACGCCCAUUUUUUACGCUAGCGUAGGAUGACGUCAUUUACAACCUGUUGCCUAUGUUACCGAAAGCUAACAAUGCGAGAUUCUAAUAAGAACAUAGAUGUUCCAUCAACGGUAAUGAUGGGAACGCAUAUAACCAAACCAUCUCGUAAAAUGGCAUCCCAAAUACAGCAUUACGACUUGUUUAGUAAAGUACCAAAUAAAGUAAAAAAUCACUUCGAGAGAACCAAUUACAACCAGUCACCAGAUACGUCAACAAUUGAAGAUCUUCGUAUAGCCAUCAUCAGAGGUGACUUUGAUCAAUGUAAGUCUAUUCUUCAGAAUAAUCGUAGGAUGGAGAUUGAAAAUUGUCACGAUACUGAUAGUGUUUCUGAUCCGCUACUGAAAGUCAGUCAUUACGACGAGUGUUUCGGACCAUCAGGGUUCCAUUCACCAACAGCAGAGAGUGUUCGUGAGAGCUCGCCUCUGCACGUUGCCAUCGUGUAUCGGCGUCCGAAGAUCAUCCAACUACUCCUUCAGGAAGGCGCCAAUCCCAAUGCAUUAGACAGACAUAACAGAACGCCUCUGCAUUUAGCCGUUCUUUAUUGGCCAAGAGGUCUUAUAUCGUAUGAUGGGAUACCUGACGAUUGCUCUCCAGAUAUGUUGAACUACGUGGAGUAUCUAAGGCUAAUAGAUCGUCGCUGCUGUGCGUCUGUCGAGCACUUAUGUUUGCACGGUGCAGACCUCGAUGCAAAAGUUGAUGGGAGGUACACGCCAUUACAUUGGGCAUGUAAAUACAAUGUACCUAAUGCCAUAAAAACAUUACAAAGAUGUGGUGCAGAUUUAGAGUGUCGUGUUGACGACGAAGAUGGUCAAACACCUCUCCUGGUUGCAGCUCAAAAUGGCAGCAUGGCUGCAAUUGAAGCGCUAAUUGGAUGUGGUGCUAAUUUGAUGUCGAAAUCGACGAAGGGAUGGACUGCCCUCCAUUACAUAUGCCACUUCCCUUUUAAUCACAAGGAACACAUAGUCGGGAUAUUGCUUCAGUUUGGACUAGAUCCAAAUACAAAAGACAUCUACCAACGAACACCAAUGCAUUUUGCUGCAGAAAAGGGUCUUGACUACACUGCAGAACUGUUACUACAAUUUGGGGGUAACGUCAUGAGCAAAGAUUGCUACGGCGUCAGUCCAAUUCAAGCAUUUCUCAAUAACCCUUGCAACAUACAAAAACCUGGUUUACUCAUUGAUUUGAUGAAUGAAGCUUCGCAGUUUAACAUCGAUCAAGGGAACAUUCCUCCGCUGCUGGCGUCACCGAUGUUGACACCAGUGAAAGACGUCUUGUUAAAGGAAUCCCGACAUCCAGCCUCAUUACAACGUCUGUGUCGUUGUGUCAUUCGCCGAUGUAUACGUCCAAUGCCAAUUGACCGAGAGAGCUUCCAAGACUGGCUGCCGUUGCCUCGCUACCUCCAGGACUGUAUUCACUCUGACCUUCAUAUAAUGGACGUUCCAUGGGCUGAGUCGAGCAGGGUGGCUUUUGAUACACUAUUUAAAAAUCCUGAUAAUAUAUAACCGCUUUAUGGAGCCAAUAGGCCUUUCUAAUUAAAAAACGAUUUUAAUGAGCCGUAAUGCUAUUUUCAAUUAGUAUUGUCAUUUUGUUUAUUCUUUUUAUAUAAUUUUUAUCAUCAUUAGUGCCUCAACCAACCCACCAGGGGUUAUGGGAUUGAAUGAAUGAAUGAAUGAUACUUUUUAAUCUUGGUAAAAAUAUCAUUUUGGUGCUUUUAUGCAUGCUUACAUGCGGUUUUUUUUAAUUUAUUUAUUAUUUUUAAGAAAAGUACCAAUAACUACUAUCGAGCUGCUUUUAAUGUGAUCAUGUUUAUUUUUCUCAUUAAAUAUCAAAGUAGGCCUAGGGCUACUAUACAUUUUGCGUCACUUUAUUUUCAGAUGCCCCGUCGGCCACCAUUGAACUAACGGUAGACAUCCCCAUUUACAUGAUUGACCAAUACUUUAAGAAAUUUGAGCAGCAUCUGUGGCACCAUUUUGCCUGAAAUAAUCAUGACAGGUUGAAAUAAUUGCUUAUGCCAAAAACAUUUAAGAAUUACAACUUCUGUAUAGACACGCCCUCUCUUGGUUAAUAAACGUCGUUAGUUGGACGUUUAAAAUCAAAAGUUACAAGACUAGUGUCAUGUACGUUCUGUUCUAGUUAUGUACAU